AUGGCAGGACAGCACUAUGCUCUUCUUCGUGGCACCGCACCAGGCGAUGAUCACAAUGAAAAGAGAGGCAGAAUCAAAAAUUACGCCAGGGUUGGCCCCGAAGGACAAACCAGAACGGUCAGCGCCACGGUGUGCAAUGCAGGCCUCCCAUUCUCUGGCCGCGCCUUCGUGAUCGCGCGACUCAGCCAACAAGCGGCGCCCGAGCGAUUGAGGGCUGAGGCUAAAGUUGGAGCUGGAGGAGGCGAGAAGGAGCAGGUUGCGUUCGUCACAACGCUGCAGCAUCACAACAAGCAACCCAUUUUUGAUGCCCAAAUUGCCAAUCAACUUCUCUUCAAUGCCACCACUUGACUUGACGUUCCCCGCCCGGGAUGGUCUGCAAACAAACGAUCAUGGGUUCCGCUCUCCCACCUUCCUAUCACGGAAGGAUAAAGGUUGGGGAAGCAGCUGCCCCAGCCAGUGGGACUGACUGCCGAGAACAUCUUGCUCUGGCCAUGCAACCACUCCGGCUCUGUACGCCCUAAAAGCGUCGCCACCAAUCCAAGUCUGCCGCCGACGAUGAAGCCGACGGGAGUGGCGUUGGUUGCAAGGGAGCAGCAAUUGACCAAUUGGGCGCGCGGAAUGUGCCACCCAAGCACCACGACCAAGCACAGCACUCGCUAUUAGCCUGUCCAGGCUGGCAACGCACCACAAUCCCACCAACAGGAUACAUACGUGGCCCCGGACAAUGUUAGGACCGUUGUUGAUGGCAGUUUUACGACCUCGGCUGUUCCAUUUUCUCUGGCUUGGUCCGUGUUGCUGACCAAGUCGUGUCGUUGGCGCUCCGUUGAAGGCAAACAACGUGCCUGUGGCAACGUACAACCUCCAGGUACAUCGGAUGGGGGUAGUCUUGGCCGAGACCUUCCUUCAUCCCAAGCACCCUACCAAGGGAAGCCCCGCUCAAGCGACGAGGCCCAAAGCACGGCCAAUUCAUAAUGUUGAAACCCCCUUGCGCCGAACGGCCAUGCGCCAGGAAUUCCCUUCCCCGCAACGUUCCAUUUUGUGUAGGGCGGGUUCUCGGCCUGCUUGCAUGGCGCUGUCGGCCAAAGCCCGGCGCCCGUCUAGAGACGCGGGGAUCAGCUGCUCGACUGGGCAGGUGCCGUUGGCUUGUCCUCCCCCGCACCACUCUGUAUCCCAUUCCAGAAUAAAUCCCAUGCAGAUUAUCAAGGUUCCGUGCCAUGCAUGCAGGCUACUUCUGGCGGUGCAACCUCGUGACCGGCUGCUGUACCUCCUUCCGCCC